CACUAAUCCUCCGCGGAUUAACUUUACUCUGUUUCUUUUGUAGAAAUCAAUUCGCUUAACUUUUACCACAGUUCGUGGAAUUUAUUAACAUUUUGGAAUCCAUUUUUCACAGGUCUUUUGUACCUUUAGUUAUUCUAUAGACUAGCAUUCAAUUGUUCUUCUUCCAUGUUUAUCGCGAUUCACAGAUUUACAGAAAAUCACCCGGAAGUUUACGUUACCAAAUUUGUUUAUGAGUUUUGACCUAAUUGUACAUUUUGUCCUGCCAAAAUGAUCAAAAUUUUCCUUAUUUUAACUAUUACCCGUCUCUUUGAGAUUUUUUCUGCAAACGAGUACAUCUUGGCCGACUAUCUGUUCAAGAACGAAACUUAUCACAAGUAUUUGAUACACUCUCGGCCCCCGACAGAGAACAAAGCGCCCAUCAAAGUGAACUUCAGUCUGACUGUGGCCCAGAUAGUGGCCUUAGAUGGAAAGUCGCAAACGAUCAAACUGAGCAUAUGGCCACAGUGCUACUGGUACGAUAAGCGCAUGUCGUAUCCUCCCGAGAUGUAUGAGGGCAUCUCGGACUUUCGAGUGCCAUACGACACAGUGUGGCUGCCAGACGUGAUGCUGCUCAACAACGUCGACGGCGCCUACGAACCCACCUUCCCCGCAAACGUCCUCAUAAGUCCAGAUGGCUUGGUGGCAUGGCUGCCUCCCUCCAUCUAUCUUGCCUCGUGUGACAUGGACAUGAACUUGUUCCCCUACGACACCCAACACUGCCCGUUGCACUUCGUGUCCAUCAACUAUGACUCAGACGAAGUACAACUGGAGGCCACUGGGGCUCUUUUCAAUGACCCUGACUCCAGUUACGAAAGUACCGAGUGGGAACUGCUGGAUGUGACUAUGGAAAAAGUUACCAGACGCUUCCCAGGAGGCUACAACCAUUCUCAAGUAACAGUCACUUUCCACCUUAAGAGGAAGCCGUUGUUCUACGAAGCCACCCUGCUUACACCUAUGUUCAUGUUGAACAUAGUCGGCAUCCUCACCUUUCUGCUACCCAGCUACGGAGGCACCAAACUCAACAUCACAGCCAAUAUCUUCUUGGCUUUCAUCAUGCCCUGGCUGAUCAUUGUGCGUCUCAUGCCCUCCACGGCUCAUAAUAUACCGCUGCUCAUUGAGUAUUGCUUCUUCAGUCUUCUGAUGGCCAUUAUUAACACCUUGUUCUGCGUCAUAGUGGUCAAUAUCCACUGGAGAUCUCCCUCCACUGACAUCAUGGCCAAGUGGUUCCGAUGGGCCAUAUUGGAGACCAUACCUAGAUUCAUAUUCAUGCGCAGGGCCAAACUAGAAGAGCGGCGACAGCAACAUGAAGAUCUAGAACAGUUCAACCUGAUGUACUGCAACAAACCCACUGUUAGCUACCAUGGCCAGGCUGUGGAUGUGGCCAUCAAGAACGAUUUCGUCAGGGCCUCAAUUGCGGCAGCCGGAACCCCAGAGGGCAGUAUCAUACACCACAUGCAGAAUGGUCAGAACCUGCUGAAAAUAGCCGAACCUCUCAACUUCAACGGGAUCCCCUUCUACCCGGCCACAUUCACCCUGCCCCCCUUCCAGUACGACAACCACAAUGGGGGAUCGGACAGUGGAAUGGUGUCCUCCCUCGACUCCCCUCAUGGGGGGUUCACUCCCAUCUUGGAGACCAGUUUUGUGGGUCCCUUCAGUGAGACCUGUCUCACUCCUCCCCCAAUGCUGGAUUGGCAUAACGAGAUGGCAUCACAGCAAAACCAGAGAUCUUCGGAAAUGGAGCUUCUAAACGACAGUGAGGAACUAGAAGCAUUUGCAUUGGUGGAGUACGUGGCCAACUACCUGAAGAAGCGAGACGAGUUCGACAGGAAGAACGACGACUGGACAUUCGCAGCACUAGUCGUCAACAGAAUAUUCUUCAUCAUCUACAUGAUCAUACUAGUCGCCGGAACCUACUACAUAUUCUGGAUGGCAGAAUGAACAAGUUUUUAAACCAAACUCUCAAAUAGAACUCCUAAUUUACCGUCGAUAAAAUUGUCGCCAUAAUUUUAAAUUAUCGUCAAUAAAAUUGC